CUCAUGUGUGUAUAUAUAUGGUGUUUGCUUUAGUGGUCUUAAAUGUGUGUGCAUUUAACUCGCAUUACGUUAAGUACUUAAGUUUCUUUUUCAUAGGACUAAGUACUUAAGUUUUAUAUACUCCGUAUAUCUUUAAUUAAAUAAUAAUGCCAUCAUAUAGAUUUCUUGUUCUCGGAAGUGAUAACGACCUCAACGGAUACUACGACCGCAGGAGCUGGAAUGAAGGAUGGUGUAAUUAUUGGUGCUACCUAUGCAAAAAACUUGUCAAGUGCCACUUAUUCUCAUCUUCAGAAAGAAUAUGUGAUAAUAGGUCAUGUUCCGGUCAACUAGUCCCACUCAUUCCUGCAGAGCUGAACGACCGGCCCUGUUUGUGGUGCGAUCGUUGCCGAACCCACGAAUUCACAUAUAUGACAGCAAACGCGAGGUGCGAUCGGUGUGACAAUCCCAUGUAUCAGCUUCGGAGAAUCGCAUUAUGCCCUUCAGGUCAAAUUGACGUCCUUAUAGAAGUGUCUACACUUGUCGAUCAACUACCGCCCGUGACACUAAUAGACAAUAAUUUGGGUCGCCCGAUGAUACCUCUCAUCGAACGAAUAAUGCAAAACCGUAAUAAUCUUCCAGCUAGAAGCAGCAGCCGCAGAGUUAUCGGCGCCAUACCAGAAGGUGUAAUUGCUUCAAUACCGAUAGUAAAAGUCUUAAAAUCCGAUUGCAGAGACUCAACUAAAUGUCCUGUUUGCCAAGACAAGUUUUUGGUUGGUGAGGAUGCAAGCGAAUUGCCAUGCAUGCAUCUUUAUCACCCUCAUUGCAUUGCUCGAUGGUUGAGGCAUAGUGCUUUGUGCCCUGUGUGUCAACGUGUGAUAACCGAAACAAGCAUUAUUGAGCACAAGCGUGCGCACCAGAUUGUACUUGAUAUUGAGCGUGAACUCCACAAGCUCAGUGAUCUCAACAAGCGUGAGCGCGAGCGUGUGGAGGAGGCCGAGGAGCAUGAGCUUGAGCGUGAACUUGUGCCUAAGCGUGAACUCCACAAGCGUGAGCGUGAGCGCGGGCGUGAACUUGUGGUGGAGGAGCAUGAGCUUGAGCGUGAACUCCAGCAUGAUAAUAGAAGCACAUUGAAGCAGCUCCCUAGUGCUUUCAAGUGGGGGAAAUGGUUAGGACUAAUACUCUUUUUAGGAGUAAUUUAUGAUAAAUUUAGAAAAAUAUAAUCCUAGUUGCCCUAAAUAAUAGAUAAUACUGCCUACUAUGUGGUACAUACCUACAAAUUGUGAAAUUCUAAAAGAGAAGCCUUAUACAUAUAUGUACUACUUCAUUAAAUGUGAGUAAUGAUUGUCAUGUUUGGAACAUCUGUGAACUCUCAGAUGCAUUAAUGUGUAGUAAUUUCAAAAUAUGUAGUACUAUCAUUUUGGCAAUAAUUAGAGCCCG